AUGCGCUACCCAGUGAUCAAUCCCAGUAACAGCAAAUGCUCCACGAUCCCUAUUUUCUCGCUGAACAAUCAGUACUCUCGCAAUUUCCAUCUGUCGUGGCUUGGAUUUUUUGUCGCCUUCUUAUCGUGGUUCGCAUUCGCCCCUCUCAUUCCAGAUGCCAUCAAGACUGACUUGAAGUUGACAUCUGAGGAAGUCGGGAAUUCGAAUAUUGUUUCGCUGUGCGCCACCCUUGUUGUACGGCUUAUAUCAGGACCCCUCAUCGAUCGAUAUGGGCCCCGCAAAGUGAUGGCGGGUCUUCUCAUUAUAGGGGCGAUUCCUUCUGGCCUUGCUGGAACCAUAUCAACUGCGCAAGGUCUCUACAUUGUCCGGUUCUUCAUUGGCAUUCUCGGUGCCACAUUUGUCUCUUGUCAAGCUUGGAACACUGCGUUCUUUGACAAGAAUGUCGUUGGUACAGCAAAUGCCUUAGGCGGAGGCUGGGGAAAUGCGGGCGGCGGCUUCACAUUCAUCAUCAUGAUCGCUCUCUUCAAUCAAUUGCUUGCUGACGGUAUGAGCCCGCACGUUGCCUGGCGGGUGGCAUUUGCAAUCGUUCCUGUUCCCAUUCUCCUCUCUGUUGCUGCUGCCAUUCUAAUGUUUGGCACUGACCAUCCCGCGGGCAAAUGGAGUGAUCGUUAUAAAGCUGUUGCCACUACACUUCCUGCGUCAGAUGAUCAAACGAGCAAUAGCGAAAAUAUAAAAACAAAGUCUGGUGAUGAUAUCGAGACUGGAGACGAGAAGAACAUCAAGGUUACUGUUACUGCUGUUACUGCUACAAGUCAGUGCUUAUCGUUCUCCUUUGUUGAUUUUGCUUACUUGGUUUCAGAAUUGGACACUGCUGUCAACAACCCACUUUCCCUGAACACGGCGUAUGAAAUCAUUCUAAACCCACUGACCUGGCUUCCCUCGUUGGCUUAUAUGACCACUUUCGGCUACGAGCUUGCUAUUGAUGUCAACUUGGCUACCGUUCUGUAUACCCUAUUCAAGUCCCCCACUUUUGGCCAAACCAAAGCUGGCUAUAUUGCAGGCAUCUAUGGUCUCCUUAAUGUGUUCUUCCGGCCGCUUGGCGGAUAUUUCGGAGAUCUCAUAUAUGUCAAAUUUGGUGUGCCCGGCAAGAAGUACCUGACCAUCGCUUGUGGAGUCGCUCAAGGGCUUUUAUCGCUUGGUCUUGGUUUUUACAUUGAUAACCACUCUCAUCCAUCCCUUGAGGUCGUCAUUGUGAUUUUUGUCAUUAUCGCAAUGUUCAAUGAGGUCGCCAAUGGAGUCAACUUUGCUCUUGUUCCACAUUGCAACCCCAACUCCAAUGGAUUCAUGACUGGAAUUGUAGGCGCCAUGGGAAAUCUUGGAGGGGUAUUCUUCGCGAUUAUCUUCCGCUUUCAACCAUAUCCUCUUGGCAGGGCAUUUUGGAUUGCUGGUGUUAUCGCAGUUGGCGUGAACCUCUUACUCUGUAUUAUCCGUGUACCUCAGUUUUGA